UGGGGCUGUCGGAGCCGCCGCUGUCGGAGCACCCCUGGUUCCACGGCACGCUGUCUCGGCUUCGGGCGGCGCAGUUGGUGCUGGCGGGCGGCGCGGGCGCGCACGGCGUCUUCCUGGUGCGGCAGAGCGAGACGCGGCGCGGGGAGUACGUGCUCACCUUCAACUUCCAGGGCAAGGCCAAGCACCUGCGUCUGUCUCUGAACGAGGAGGCUCAGUGCCGGGUGCAGCACCUCUGGUUCCAGAGCAUCUUCGACAUGCUCGAGCACUUCCGGGUGCACCCCAUCCCCCUGGAGUCGGGGGGCACCAGCGACGUCACCCUGGUCAGCUACGUCGUGGCCGCCCAGCGCCCCCCGGAUUACCAUGGGACGCCACCCCCAGGCCGGGAGCGCUCUGGCAGCCGCUGCGACACUGCCUCUGAGUGCCCGGUUGAGCACCUCCCAUAGGGGGACUCUCACCCAUAUUAUGGGUCCUAAUCCCAUAUUAUGGGGUUCUUGCUCUGGAUUAUGGCCACCUCAACCUGGAUUAUGUGGUCUUCACCCUGGAUUAUGGGAAUUCGCACCUGGAUUAUGGGGUCCCCACCCCAGAUUAUGGGAUUUUGCGCAUGGAUUACGGGGACUCAUGUUCAGAAGACGAGGAUACGCCUGGAUUAUGCAUCCACCUUCUGGAUUCUGGGCACUCCCCGUGGAUUAUGGGAAUUUGCCCCAGGAUUAUGGGCAGCCCUACCAUGGAUUAUGAGGAGAUCCCCGGAUUUUUGGGCCUCCCUCUGGAUUAUGGACACUACAACCGCUGAUUACGGGAUCUUCCUGGAUUAUGAGCCCCCUCCCCACCUGGAUUGUGGGGCUCUAAUCCCAGGUUAUGGAUACACUGACCCCAGAUUAUAGGGUCCCCCUGGAUUAUGGGGCUCUAAACUCAGAUUAUGGGGACUCCCCUGGGUACUAUGGUCACCCUGUCUCUGGAUUACGGGGUUCAACCCCAGAUCAUUGCCCUCCCUGGAUUAUGGCACAGUAAUACUGGAUUAUAGGACACUAAGAUCCUGGAUUAUGGGGAUCGUUGGCUUUACAGAAUACUAAUCUGGGAUUAUGGGCAUCUGAUCUGAGAUUACAGGCCUUGAAUCCAACAUUCUGGGAUUCCCAUCCUGAAUUAGGGCACUGUAAUCCCAGGUUGUGGGGUUUCAUUUCAUAAUCUGUGUCUUUGGUCGGUGAGGAUUGCAAUUCCAGAUUGUGUUGACUCCCCAGAUUAUGGGUCUCUAAUCCCAUAUUACAUGAUACUAAUCACAUAUCAUGUCACUGUAAUCCCAUAUUAUGGCACUUUAAUCCCAUAUUAUGGGACUGUAAUGCCAAAUUACGGCACUGCACUCCCAGAUUACUUUAAUCCUGUAUUGUGGGUCUCUAAUACCAGAUUAUGGUACUGUAGUCCCAGAUUAUGGUGCCAUUAUCCUGGAUUAUGGAACUGUAAUCCCAUUUUACAUGACUCUAUUCCCAGACUUUGAGCCUCUAAUACCAGAUUGUUGCAUUGUAAUCCCAGAUUAUGGUGCUAUAAUCCUGUAUUAUGGCACUGUUAUCCCAUAGUACAUGACCCUAAUCCGAGAUUAUGGCACUGUAAUCCCAUAUUCUGGUGCUGGAAGAUCAGAUUAUGGCACGGUAAUUCCAUAUCACAUGACUCUAAUCCCAGAUUAUGGGCCUCUAACCUCAGAUUAUGGGUCUCUAAUCCCGCAUUACAUGACACUAACCCCAGAUUCUGGGCCUGUAAUCCCAGAUUCUGGGCCCCUAAUCCCAGGCGCCGUGACUCUAAUCCCAGAUUUUGGGAUUUCCCCCCAAAACCCGCAGCUCCGUUCUGUCCCAAUUUCUUGAUUUUUCACCCCAAAAUUCCCCUUCCCCCCCCCAAAAAAAGGCGAAAAACGCCAAAAUCGGUGAAAGCGCCGUUUGUACAGAACCGCAGUUUUCAAAGAAAAGUUCGGAAAUGAA